GGUUGGUGCCAGUAGUGAGAUUCAACGGUGUUGAGUCGCCGUAUAACAUUUACAAAAAGAAGACCAACUUCCAAAACAGGACCAAGCGGGAUCAGUUGAAUAUAUGUUUAUAUAUUUUAAAUCCAACACUACUACGAUUGUGCUCUUAAAAGGUUGAGAGAAAUGCAGCCAAAUGAUGGCACUUUACUCAAGGAAAAGGAGCAUGAAUGCUGUUGAAGUGCUGAGCUGGAGAGGCAGAGGUGUCACGGAUGCCGGGACGCUAACUAGACUCAAUAUAAAGGUCCUAAGAAGCAUCAUUUUACAGAAUCGGGAUUUCUACUACGUUGGGAACGAGACAUCAAAAUCCACAAUAAUAUAUGGAAAUAAUAAAAUCUAUCUAGACAAUUACCUGAAGUGCUCCAGCUGUGUACAUUCUAGGCCUCAUGCUCUCUACCAAUUGCCUGAACGAUCUAAAUUGACUAAGUUUGAAGAUACCUUGCUGUGUCAGAGCCCACUUGAAACCACUUUAGCGUCUCCUUCUGAUCACAAGCCAAGCCUUUUGGUUUUGACAGCCAAUAAUUGGUUGUAUCGCUUAUUGGACUCAACAGGACAGGAACUGGACAGUGUUUUCCUCUCUUCAAAACACAAGUUCAAGUAUCUAUGCUGGGAUGUAUCUCAAGAGAUUUUUUAUGUGAAAUCUGUUCAAAGUAAAGAAACACCUCUAGGACGACAGGCUGGCAUUACACAGGACACAGUGAUCCAUCUGGCAAUAUUUCAUGUUUUCCCCUUACAAAUUGUGGGCGUGAUGGAAGUCAAAGAAAAGGUGUUCGGGAAAGGCCUUACUGAUGUUAUUUUAUCUCAAGGUGUCCUGGCUGUCUCCUAUAGAAAAUCAGUGAAGCUGUUUAGCAUUGAGCACAUUUUGCAAAAGUGCCUGGUGGAGAAAUUAACGCUUGGAAAGAAAAGUUCACUUCUCAGUGGCAAAAUAGUGGGAGAAGCUCCGUUUGGCAUCCCGGUAAAUAUCCAGAUUACAGAUUGCCCUCCCGUGCUCUUCGAAGUGUCCUGCUCCAAUAAUGGUGUACAGAUUGGAGGCUUUCCUUGGCACUACAUUUCCACUCCACUACAAAAAUGUCACCAAGGGACUCACCACAUCUCCUCACUCAAAGACAAAACUAUGGCCAUAAAUGGGAUACAGAAUAUGAAGUGUUACUCUCUGGAGAGUGAUUUUAUUUUCUUCCAUCCUGAUGAAUCAGGAAGAAUCAUUCAUGUGGGGCCCAGCACCAUUAACAUUGUAAAGAUUGUUGGUGAGUUGAACAGUGGAUUGCCAUCAACGGUAGUAAAAGAUUUCUCAAUAGAAACUCAUCGCAACAACAUUUGUACCUCGCAAGUAACAGUUACUUCUUCAGGCCGUACAGUGAAGAGAACUUCAGUCCAACAGCUCGAUGAUGAUCCCAAUCUAGCGACUUUCCGUACGGUAGUUUAUGAGGACGAGCUGGACCUUUUGGCUGUGGUGGUAACCGAUGGUGCGGAUGGAGAGGGAAGAGCUCAGGUCCAACUACAUGACAACCAGAGUGGACAGUUGCUGAAGACUGUUAAACUGUUGGAAGCAUGGGAUGAGACUAACCAACAUGACCUGGUUUUCGACAAGGACACAAUUGUUCAUAUUGUACAAAGGAAAACCAGAGUCUGCUGCUAUGUCUACAAGCUUAAUAUUGGCAAAUAAUAGCACCAAAGGUGAAGGCGUGCUAUUUUUUGUCAUGUUGUAAUGUGUUAUUUUGUACAGUGUUUAAGUGGAAUGUCUGUUUAAACUGUCAUUUUGUAUUAAAUGAAACAUUGUCAGAUUAAUUGUUAGUUGUAAAUGUAUUCAUUUUAUGACAAAUGGCCAUGUGAAAGUGGUGGUUCUCGUCCAUAUCUUGCAAGACAAUUUGUAGCUCAAUAUAUUUGUCCCCUCAAAUAGUUACCCAGAUAGCAGAACGACAUUGAAUAAACGUUGAUUUUUCAUCAAAAUCAUCAGUAUGGGUGACAUAGAAAUUUUUGACGUUAUGUGACGUUGAAACAACGUUGUUCUAUGGUAUGUCAGGUGGUGGUUGGGUUAACAUUGUUUUAUACGUAGUUGAUGAACUAAUGUUGACAAAUAGUUGAUUUAUGAUUGACCGGGAAAUAUGAUUGAAAAGUCAUUAAAUUAUGGAUGAGUUGGCGUUUUGGUCAAAAACAUAACAUUGUUUCAGCUUUGUUCCAAUAUCAUAAUCAAAAUGACGUUUAGGUUUUGUAAGGAUUUCAACUUUGAAACAACAUUAAUUGAGGGUGCAAAAGUGACGCUGACUCAACAAUAUAAGAUCGACAGCGGAAUGUUGAUCCAACAUCUUUUCAACGUCGGUCUGCUAUCUGGGUAUUGUGCUUACCUUUUGUGCAUACAGUAUGUGGCCAAAAAAUGUUAGG